AUGGCGGCAGCGGCGGCGUUCACCAUAGAAAUGCAUGGUGGCAAAGAAACAAACAUGGGUGGCGGCAAAGACGCGAACACCAACGGCACCGGUUGUACCGGUAGCCAGUCUGCUCCGCAUACAUGGCAUAAAGACAGGUUGGUGCAAUCGGAGUUUGGCAUUACGCCGGUGGCGGGGGAGGGUGGGCGCGAGGCCAGGCCUCAUGUUCAUCCGCAGCGUUUUAUGCGCGGGAGGGAGGAGGAGUACCGCGGCAAAAAACAUAUUGACCCGCAUCACGUACAAGUUUCAGACGAAACCAAGCGGGAGGAGGGUCGUUACGGGAAAAGGCGGGUUCAAGGCUAUUCGGGGGGCUGCAAGGACACCGUUUUCAGUCUCCUGGGUGGGGGUGGCAACCAUACACCCCCGGAGCCGAACCGUGUGCGACCACUGAACGUGCACACAAGCACUUCCAUGCAAGUGGCAGAGGCGCGUCUCUUGGAAAUCGCCAAAAACCCGUCCUAUUCGGAGGCGGCACGUGAGGUUCUGCGCCACGCCGGAAAUCCGUCAAUUGCGCGGGAGGAGGAGCGCCUCUCGCGGCGUAUUGCGGCAGUAGAGUACGCGAAGGGAAGCCAGGCGCGGUGUGCCGCGCUGCAGGAGCACUACAAGGCAAUGGAUUUGGGAACACCAGGCGAGACGAUUCAGAUGCAGGUGCCUUUUGCGUUUGAUGAAUCUACACCGCGUCCUGAUAAUAUCCCUGAGCAUCGCGGCGUGCAUUAUCGUAACGCUGAGUCUAACCCGCUGCCGGGAAAACCUGCAGGACGCUGCGGUGGCGCAGACAAACACCGGGGACUGCGGGACAACGUGCUGCUCUCACAGAAUGAGUACCCUGAUCCCCCGGCCGUUGGCGUUCGUGUGGUGCCGCGUAUAUCAAUACGGCCAGGCUCUUCACAGCAACGAUCAACGGCGUGUAUUGAUGAGGAAAUGCUUUCCCGAUCAAAGGCCCGCUGCCACUAUAGUGCAAAUCAGCGAAUGCCAGACUUUAUUUUUGGUCGUCCGCCGCCCCCCGAGACACCACACAAGACACUUCGUAGCAUUACUGAAGAACGCUGGAAGAAAGAGGAAACCCGCGCUGCAGAACGGCGCACCGGGCGGGCGAUGACGCACCAAAGCCAUAAAGUAACAUCCUUGUGGUGA